UAUCAAUACUCCUACGAAACUUUAGGGCUGAAGGCGUGAAAUAAACUUUCUCGAAUCCCCAAGCCUACAGACUUCUUAUCUCUUCCAGCCGGCCUUCCUCUCGCCGUCUCCGUCCCCGGCACCCCCGGCGGCAACGCCUGUUCCGCCGCCGCAUUGAUGAUCGAUUUCUUGAAGACUGGUGGAUUUUGAGAUUUGGUUGAAGGAUGUGCAGCAUUCAGACAAAUAUUGGCUGCCCUAGCAAAGGACAUCCUUUGUUGGGUCACAAUGGGAGGAAUGGGAGAAGCUACACUUCUUUGUCUCUAUCUUGUUUAUAUGCUUCAGCUCCUGUGGAGUUCCAGCGAAAAGAGGUGUAUCCGAGGCUGGUUUAUCGUGCACCGAAGUAUAAAAGAUGUGAACCAGUGUGUGCGUUUGGUGGGAAGGGAAGCUCGAAGAGUCAAGAUGAUGCUUUGUCAAUGGAUUCACUAAAGAAAGCAAUGGAAGGUGUGAAACGAGAGAAAUCGGUGCAAGAUAUGUUGAAGCAGCAGAUGCAAGAAUGGAAUUUUGGUGGGGGUGGAGACAAGGGAAAUCCUCCCAGAGGUGGUGGUGGCGGCGGCAGUAGUGGCAGCGACGGCGAUGGUGAGGGUGCUCCACAAGAUGAAAGUUUUGCAGAAAUAUUUGAUGAAAUAGUCCAAGUGGUUUUGGCAACCAUUGGCUUUAUAUUUGUGUACAUUUACAUGAUCAGAGGUGAGGAACUGACACGUCUAGCUAGAGACUACAUCAAAUAUCUUUUUGGGGCUAAGAAAAGUAUGCGGUUGAAACGUGCCAUGUAUAAAUGGCACAAGUUUUAUGAAAGUAUAACCAGGAAGGAGGUGGAGAGGGAAGAUUGGUUGGAACGAGCGAUUGUUACUACGCCCACAUGGUGGCACAAACCAAAGCAAUUGGCACGUCUGGUGGAAUCUUUCUAUCGAGACUACAGGAGACAACAAGAAAGAGAACAAGAAUCUUAACAUCUCAGAUUCUUUUUUGAUACUUUUUUGGUUCCUCCCAACCUUUCAAGGAUCACCUUGUUUUCUGGCUUCCAUGAUGUGCAUGCCAAAGGUGGUUCUUGUCAUGCUGGUGGCUUAUAUGACCUUGUGAUGUGCUUUUCUGGUGAUGUAGCCCUUCUCUUCCUUCUUUUCAACUGGCACUACAGAGGCUGCCUUAGCAAGGUGCAGCAAGAAUGUUGAAAAUCCCUUAUGUAACCUUUCGGUGCAUAAUUUUCGUUGCUAAAGCAUUCCUUUUAAAAUGGAUUAUAUUUUCUUGAUUGUUUUGAUUUAUUUAGGAGAAUGGUUAAGUCAGGCUUCACUUUUGGCA